UUGUAAAGGCAACCGGCGGCAGCACGCGCGACUAACGGUUAACUGGAAAAUCGAGGAAAAUAGUGGAAAACCCCUUGAGGGAAAAAUAGUGAGAGAAGGCCCCAAGCCAACAGUUUACUGCUCGGAUCUACUGCCGCAGUAACUUGUCGCUUUUCAGCUCAGAAAUAGAAGGGGAAAAGAAGCUGCACACCAUCUAGUAAACAUAAUCCUCUCCCCCCCGGAUGUCCUGAAAAAAGUCAACCCAUUUCAGCACCCCCUUCGGCCGCCGCCGGGGCCAGACAGCAUUCCGCUCGUCUCACCAUGACAGAAGCCGCCUCAGCUGCUCCUGCUAAGUGGGGCACCGUCACAAGGCAGACGCCCCAAAAAUAGACACCUCGGCCGCACGAAGGAGGAGGAGGAGCAGUUGGAGGUGGAGCAGUCGGAGGAGGAGGAGAUGCCGCCCAGUACCGUUCUGCAAAUGCCGCCGGCUCCGUCCUCGUCGAAAUCCGGACUGGUGCUGGGCGUCUGCUGCGACCAGCUGAUGGCGGUGCAGCCAGUGCAUCCAGGGCAGCGGGCAUCCGGAGCAGCAGCAUCCAAAAGUAGAGCCCCGGACUGGGGGAACCACAAGGCGAAACAUCUUGAGGGGACUGCCCCGACUUCCAAGUGGAUUCCGCCCUUUUUCAUUAUCCUCGCCUCGCUCUUGGAGAUCCUUGUGUUUCUAUGGGUGGGAGCUGAUUCCCCCGAGGAUUCACUUCUGGUGUAUAGACCUGACCGGCGGCUCCAGCUCUGGAGAUUCCUGAGCUAUGCCCUGCUCCAUGCCAGUUGGCUCCAUCUGGGAUACAAUGUGCUCACCCAGCUGCUAUUUGGUGUGCCCUUGGAAUUGGUACAUGGAUCGCUGAGGACAGGGGUGAUUUAUACGGCCGGAGUUUUGGCUGGUUCUUUGGGAACUUCGGUGGUGGACUCGGAGGUUUAUCUGGUGGGUGCCAGCGGAGGAGUAUAUGCCCUACUGGCAGCCCAACUGGCGAGUCUUUUGCUCAACUUUGGCCAGAUGCGACAUGGAGUAUUUCAGCUAAUGGCGGUGAUUGUUUUUGUCUUUUGCGAUCUGGGUUAUGCCCUCUAUUCCCGAGAACUGUCCGUGCAGCAACUGCAGACGCGACCCUCGGUCUCCUACAUCGCCCACAUGACCGGAGCUCUGGCGGGGAUCAGUGUGGGUCUGUUGCUCCUCCGGCAGCUGGAUGGGGGACUGCGGCCACGCCCCCUCCGUUGGCUGGCCCUGGGCGUGUGGUGUAUAUUCAGCGCCUUUGGAAUCGCCUUCAACCUGGUCAACACGGUCACAGCUCAACUCCUGGCCGAGCAGGAGGGUCAGGUGAUCAGGCAGCACCUGAUGAACGACCUCGGAAUGGGAUGAUCCUCAUUGGACAUAUAGUCCAAAGACUGCAUCCCGCUCAUAUACACAUACAUGUCUCCUCUUAUGCCUUAGUCUCUAGUCACUAGUCGGUAAGACUUUCCCCAGGACAGUGUGCUCAAACAACAUAUCUAUCAAUAUGUAUCCCUCGAUAAUAUCCUGUAACCUGGCCCCCACUUCAAGAGGGGAUCGCUCAAAAUACUCUUAGCUCGUAAGUCCCAACAUUCAUCUUAUGCCAAUGCCAAAGGAGUGGAGAUGGGCCUUUCAAGAACUGAGCCUGGCUCACAUCAAAGACUUAGGAUCGGGUUUGGGCUGCUAUCUAAUCGAUGGACUCCUCCAUUGAGUUGCCUACUUAGUGUUAAUGCCAAACCAGAGCUUAAAGACAUAAUACUAUAUCUGAAUACUAUUAGUUGAAACGAGAAUUCCAGCUCAAUAAAUU